GGCGGGGCUCCGGGCAGCUGGGCAGAGCUGUGCCCUGCUUGUAUAUUGUCGCAGCUUCCGGUAAACACCGUUACGGAACGAAUAAUAUUUUGAGAUCUCCUGCUCAGCUGCCAUGUUUUACAGGGCAGACUACUGACAUGAAGAAGAGCAGAAUAUUCCAGCAUUGCUGCAACAAUCAGAAGCAUGGAUGAAGAAACUGUUUGUUCCAUAAGAUAACUGAAGAGACCUCUUGUUGGGUUGUUUCAUUUAAAUAAGAACUUAGGAAGGAGAUUUCACAUGGCUGGGGCUAUUGCUUCGAGAAUGAGCUUCAGCUCUCUGAAGCGGAAACAGCCUAAAACAUUCACAGUCAGAAUCAUUACAAUGGAUGCGGAAAUGGAAUUCAACUGUGAGGUGAAGUGGAAAGGGAAAGACCUUUUUGACCUGGUAUGUCGUACCUUAGGGCUUCGUGAAACCUGGUUCUUUGGGCUUCAGUACACCGUUAAGGACACAAUAGCAUGGUUGAAAAUGGAUAAAAAGGUAUUGGACCAUGAUGUCCCAAAAGAAGAACCGGUCACCUUCCAUUUCUUAGCCAAAUUUUACCCAGAAAAUGUUGAGGAAGAGCUUGUACAGGAUAUUACACAGCACCUCUUCUUCCUUCAGGUUAAAAAGCAGAUACUGGAAGAGAAAAUAUACUGCCCACCAGAAGCUUCUGUGCUACUAGCGUCAUAUGCUGUUCAAGCAAAGUAUGGUGAUUAUGAUGCAUCUGUACACAAACGUGGAUUCCUGGCAGAGGAGGAGCUUCUUCCAAAAAGGGUAAUAAACCUAUAUCAGAUGACUCCAGAAAUGUGGGAGGAGAGAAUUACUGCGUGGUAUGCUGAACACCGUGGGCGCACUAGAGAUGAAGCCGAAAUGGAAUACCUGAAAAUAGCACAAGACACGGAGAUGUAUGGAGUAAAUUAUUUUCUCAUACGGAACAAGAAAGGAACUGAACUGUUGCUAGGAGUUGAUGCUUUGGGACUCCAUAUUUAUGACCCCGAAAACAGAUUGACCCCGAAAACUUCCUUCCCUUGGAAUGAAAUUCGAAAUAUUUCUUACAGUGAUAAGGAGUUUACCAUCAAACCACUAGAUAAGAAGAUUGAUGUCUUUAAAUUUAACUCCUCAAAGCUACGAGUAAACAAGCUGAUUUUACAGCUUUGUAUUGGAAAUCAUGAUUUGUUCAUGCGCAGAAGGAAAGCUGACUCCCUUGAAGUUCAGCAGAUGAAGGCUCAGGCCCGGGAAGAGAAAGCCAGAAAACAGAUGGAACGCCAAAGACUAGCACGAGAAAAGCAAAUGAGGGAAGAGGCUGAACGAACACGGGAUGAGUUAGAGAGGAGAUUGCUGCAGCUGAAGGAGGAGGCUCAGAUGGCCAAUGAUGCUCUUAUGAGAUCUGAAGAAACAGCUGACCUUCUAGCCGAAAAGGCCCAAAUUACAGAGGAGGAAGCUAAACUACUUGCCCAGAAAGCUGCUGAGGCCGAGCAGGAGAUGCAAAGGAUCAAAGCCACAGCUAUUCGCGGUGAAGAGGAAAAGCGGCUCAUGGAGCAGAAGGUGCUGGAGACGGAGAUGCUGGCUCUAAAAAUGGCAGAAGAAUCUGAGCGAAGAGCUAAAGAAGCAGAGCAACUAAAGCAAGAUUUACAAGAGGCGCGGGAGUCUGAGCGUAGAGCCAAACAAAAGUUAUUGGAAAUUACCAGCAAAACAGCCUAUACGCAAGCAGCAGGAACUACCAGUAGCUCCGUGCCCCCUGUUGAUGUGCCAAGCUUCAGCAUGCUCAGUGACAGCCUGCCCUAUGAUUUCAAGGACACAGAUAUGAAGCGCCUGUCUAUGGAAAUUGAAAAGGAAAAGGUGGAGUACAUGGAAAAAAGCCGGCACUUACAGGAACAGCUGAAUGAGCUGAAAACGGAAAUUGAAUCCCUCAAAUUGAAGGAACGUGAAAGUGCAAUGGAUAUAAUGCAUGAAAAUGCAGGCAGCAAGCAGAACACAAUCAAAAAGGGAAGGAGAGCAGUCUGCAUCUGAGAGUGACGCAUAGUGUGUGCCAGCUCACCUUACAGAGUACGCAAUGUAGAGUAGCCUUCUUUGAAGAAUUGUAAUCCAUCGCUGGUACAUUGCGAAUGUCGAAAGUUCUUCCAAGAUGAUGGGAAGGGCCACAUCGAAGCAUCGGCGCGCCUGUAACUAGGGAUUUUCAUAAAUGUGUUGGAACAGCUUUUUUAUUUUAUUUUGUAAACUUCCUCUGUGAUAUAUUGCAUUACCACAUACUAAAAGGUUAACACUAAAAGGUACAACGAUGCCUUUUUUUUUUAUAAUGGAAAGUAUUGCAGUCUACAAUUAUAUAGUAGUUCAAAUAAAGUGGUGUUAAUAGCAUUUCUCUAUACACUUAAAACAAAGGGUUUUUCAUUUUGGAUUAUGCAAUAUACUCAUACUUGCCACUACAUGUAUAUGUAUACCCUUCCCCAUCCUUAUACUCUUUCUGUUCACCAUGGUCUAGAAUGUGUUUUUCUGAUGUUCUGCUAUACUCGCCUUGAUAAAGGCGCAAGACAUGAAGAAGAAGCAACGCAGCUAGUUUUGCAUCAGUAAACAGGUGGCUUAAAGGGAAUCUGUCACCAGGGAACUUCAUAUCCUGCUGUUUGCAUAGACACAUAGCUGCAGUUCUUCUUUUGUUGAUCCGAGGCUCCAUUCCCGAGUUAUGAUUCUCUUUCUUAAUCUGGAAAUUAGGCUUUUGGUGCAAUGAGGGCUUCACUUUUGCUCUUGUUGUACCUAAGCUCUGCUCCUUCCUGGCUGCUUUGCCACUGUCUGGUCCUGUCAAUCAAAGCAGCCAAGGAGGAGCUGACCACAGAAAGGAGUGGAGCAACAGUCACCCUCAUUGCACCAAAGGCCUAAUUUGCAUAUUAAGAAAAAGUAUAACUCAAGAACAGAGCUGCGGAUCAACAAAAGCCAAACAGCGUUUUAAUCAGGUGAACCGCAGUUGUGUCUAUGCCAACAUUUUUAAUAGGGAGGUCGCUGAUGAGAGAUUGCCUUUAAAUAUGUGGUAACAUAGUCUUAUACACACACAGAAGAAAAUAUCCAUUGUAAUAGAAAUUGCUGUCAGCUUUUAUUUUACUAACAUUUGACAGAUUGUGUCAUAUGAAUUGCUAUGGUGUUCUGGCUGACCAGUUCUUCCUUUUCUGACAAAAAUAGUGAAAUGCCAAUGAGAAGCUGUCUGACACUAAACCACUGUCCCUUUUUACACUAAUGAAACUUUCAUGCAGUUUAGAUAUUGAAGUUUUGAUUGACAUCUUUUAUCAAAAAUAUUGCCAGUGCACAGAAAGUGAGACUGUAUCUUGCUGAACUGCUGACGGUCCUUAGUAUCCUAAUGUUGAAUUGUAUCAGUCUUCUACCCUAGUUUUGAUGUUUUAAAGGGAAUCUGUCAGCUCCGAAACACCCAAACCGAUGUAAACAGAGUAUAAUGCAAGCCGUGCCGAGUCUGGUUAUGUCAUUUUCAUUUUUAUACUCCUUUGGAUUCCGACGCUGUGCUCCAACAAACCAUUGAUAUGACUCCCGUGUUCAAAUGGAGGGGACUCAAAGAGGAGUCCCCCUUAAUGCAUGUUGCUGCUGGUUUAUGGGAGCAAAGUGUCAGAAUGAGCUGACAGAUUCCCUUUAUUAAUUUUUUAUUUUAUUAUAUUUAUCAUUUAUUAUUAUAUAAUAACUUGUUAAGGGUUUUUCUACAAUUAACACUUUAUGUACAUCUUCGGGGGCAAUUUAUUUUUAUGGUUGCUUUCUACUCAUUUUGGGCUAAAAUUAUUUUUCUCAAUUGCUUGUUAAAAAUAUUGAGCCAUUUUUUCACAAAGGGUUAAGUUUUUCUAGCUGAAUUGAACAUUUUACUUUUACUUUGUGCUUGUAAACUAUUAACCCUUAAAGGUCAUAAACACUUAUUUCAGCCACAUUCUUAUCGGUAGGGUUUAGAGAGAUCGGAGAUGAGGAACAGUCAGUUGAGCUGUCUGACUGAACAGAGUGAAAAUUCAGAUUCUGCUACUAGAGAAACUCAAAGCUGCACAAAAACAGUGGUUCAAAAUUUUUAAUAAAGACCAACUGAGAAUUUUUUGGGUUGCUGAAAAUGAGUACAAUGCAAUAAUAAAUUUAAAAAAAUGCCCCCAAAGAUGUACAUAGCCUUUAAACCUAUCCACAGGAUAGGUCAGAAGUGUCUGAUCACUGGUAUCCCCUUCAAUCACAACAGAUAGCUGAGUACUGUAAUAUGCUUGCUUUGUAAGUGCUAUAGACAUUGAACGGAGCAGCAGUAUGUAUGCCCAACUUAUGCCCCAUUCUCAUAAUUGGUGGGUCACCCUAUGAUCAGCCACUUAGCAUCUAUCUAUAGGAUAGGUCAUAAGUGCUGCUCGUACGAAAGCCAUCUAAAGCUCUGCACUGAAUGUUAAGACAUUUAACAAAUAAUUUUAAAUGUGCGCAAACUGAUGGUUUUCCCUUAGUUUUGCUUCAGUGUUUUCUGCAAUUCUGUUACGUUCUUGCAUUUUUUUGCUAGGAUGCCAAGAGACAGCAUCUUCUAGCAAUCGUUAGUGGCAAACAGGUUGUUCUUCAGAAUGCUUCAUUUCUUUUUAUCACUGACCAAUUGAGUUGAAUAGGCGAGCCCUGUGUGUGUAAAAAAAGCUAUUGAAAGCAUGCCCUGUGAUCUUGAGUGGAAAAAAAACGACCAUUAGCAUAAACCCAUUGAUUUUAAUUGGUCAGUUUUCACUGCUCUGCUGGUGCAGUACAUUGUAAAGUCAGACAGCGUUUUUAACUCUUAUUUAUAUAUGCAAUAAAGUCUGCUGCAGUGCCUGAUAAUUCAAUUCAGAACCAAAUUUAAAGGAUUGCCCAAGAUUUUUUUUAAUUGUCCGAAAAACUAAUGGCCACCACUUGUUGUGUCUCCACUGCUCCGGUCCCCACUGGUACUGCCAUACUUCAUUCACGUGGCUGCUGCAGCCAAUCACUGUCCUCAGUGGUCACAUGUACAAUAAUGGCACCUGAAGUCAGUGAUUGCCUGCAGCAGUCACAUGAACAAUGAACUUGAUGUUGUCCCUUUUAAAGUGAGCCUGACAGAAGUUUUGACCUUGCAAAACUGCUGACAUUGCUAGGUAGGGUCUGCUUUACAGGGCUACCUUUUUGUAGAGCUUUUAUUAUCAGGAGUAGUGCAAAUAUGACUUUUUAUUCUGCUUAUUCUGUCAGGUUACCUCCUGCAAGUGCUCACUUCACAGUGAAGCUCCGCCUACUGGACACUGGCAAUGCCUGGCACAAAAAGAGUUCAUAUUAGUGAUGAGCAAAUUGGUACAUACGAAUCCACUUCAUUCAUCACAGUAAGGCCUCUUUCACACUACAGUAUGUCCAUUUCAGUGUUUUGCGGUCCGUUUUUCUCGUAUCCGUUGUUCCUGUAUUUUUGCUUCCGUUGUGGUUCCGUUCCGUUUUUCCGUAUGGCAUUUACAGUAUACAGUAAUUACAUUGAAAAAAUUGGGCUGGGCAUAACAUUUUCAAUAGAUGGUUCCGCAAAAAACGGAAC